AUGUUUUCCGCCCGCACCGCCUCCCUUGCUAGGGCAAUUGUUCCCCGCGCCGGCGUCAGGACUUAUGCCGCUGCCGCCUCAUCGACUAAGCCGCCCGUUGCCCUGUUUGGUGUCGAUGGUACUUACGCUUCUGCUUUGUAUACUGCAUCAGCCAAAACCUCAUCUCUCGAAGCCACCGACAAAUCUCUGCAGACCCUCAAGGCAAGCCUUGACCGCGAUGCUAAGCUCGUUUCUAUCAUCUCAUCGCCUACUUUGAGCGCCGAAGACAAGUCCGCAAUUAUCAGCCAGAUCACCAAGCCGAUCGGUGGUGACAAGACAGUCAAGAACCUGCUCGAGGCUCUCGCAGAGAACAACAGACUCGGUCUCAUUGGAAAUGUUAUCGACAAGUUCACCAUCCUUAUGGGAGCACACAGAGGAGAGGUUGAGGCAAUCAUUACCAGUGCUACUAACCUCGACUCAAAGCUCCUCGGUCGUCUUGAGACCGCCAUCUCCAAGUCCCAAUAUGUCGGACAGGGCAAGAAGUUGAAGGUCGUUAACAAGGUCAACCCCGAUAUCAUUGGAGGGCUUAUUGUCGAAAUUAGUGACAGGACUAUCGACCUUUCAGUUUCCUCGAAGAUGGCCAAGCUGAACAAGCUUUUGACCGAUUCUUUGUGA